ACUCCUAUCACACAUUAUACAUCCCACCAUCUAUCUCACAUGGCUGCCCACCCUCUCCAUGGCACAGGGGCCAGUGCCUGGGGCCAGAAGUUCUGGGUGACCCAGGAGGAAGGGUGUGCCUGGGGCACCUUCUGCCCCUUCACCAUCUGGUGGCUGACUAACACCAGCACUCCCUGCCCUAAAGUGCAGCACUCCAAUUCCUUGUCACCUACUCUCUGGGCCCAGCCAAGGAACUGGUGGCUUUAUCCCUGCCCAAAUCUUCCAGGAACCCCCACGUCUGGGGCAGACAGAGUCAACACUGCCAGUGCUGGGGGUCAGGCUUGGAUUGGGGGAAUGAAUGGAGGAGGGGCUUUUAGAGUAGGGUUUUGAAGAAUGAGUAGGAGUUUCCCAGAUGAGGAAGAGUAACUGCAAAAACACCCAGUUUAUGAAGCACCUACUAUAUGCCUACUGUGUCCUUUAUACAUCAUGUAACCCUUCUCUCCAUUGAAAGUCUCAGCCCUUAUUUCCCAAAUGAAGAAACAGAGGUGUCAUGGAGAGAACCCAGCCCAGCAACCUGGGAUGAUGUCCCCAUUUCACAGAGGAAGACACUACUGCGUCUCAGAGGCUCUCCCGGGCCCCAGCUUCCCAGGAGCACCACCCUCCAGCUUCUCCCCCAGGAAAGCAGCCACAGACCCUGCCCAGCUGUGGUCCCUGGAGUGUUUACUGUGUCGGCUGGACCAGGCGGGCGGGGGCGGACAAAGUCCGGGGAAUAUAAAGGUCUGGCAGCAGCGUCCGGUCAGUCACAGCUCAGAGCACAAGGAGCACAGCUUUGCCCGGGCAGGGCCCCACGACACCGCGCUGCCUGCGAUGCUGUUGAUGCUGCUGACGCUCUCCUGGCUGCCGUCGGGGGGCGCCCUAUCUCUUGUUCAGGAGCACCUCCCGGUCCUCCCGGGGCCCUCACAGGCACACUCCAGUCCGAAUAUCUCCAGGUUCCAGGAGUUGAGGAAACGCUACGAAGAUUUGCUGACCAGGCUUCGAGCAAACCAGACGUGGGAAGACUCGAACCCUGACCUCAUCCCUGCCUCUCACGUCCAGAUACUCACCCCAAAGCUGAGACUUGGACCAGGCGGCCACCUGCACCUGGGCAUCCCCCGGGCCAACCUGACGAAGGGGCUCCCCGCAGCCUCCCGCCUGCAUCGGGCCCUGCUCAGGCUGUCCCCGACGGAGUCGGGCUCGUGGGAUGUGACGCGGCCGCUGCAGCGUCAGAUCGGCUUCGGCGUCUCCCGGGAGCCCGCACUGCCUCUGCACCGGCUGCCGCCAUCUGACCGGUUGCUGGCGGCAUCGACUUCCGCACGGCUCCGGCUGGAGCUGCACUGGCGGCCACGCGCCGGCAGGGAACGCCGCAGCACGCAUGCGCGCGCUCAGGACGGCUGCCCGCUCGGGGAGGGGCGCUGCUGCCGCCUGCGGAGCCUGCGCGCAACGCUGGACGACUUGGGCUGGGCCGACUGGGUCCUGGCCCCGCGCGAGCUGGAUGUGCGCAUGUGCAGCGGCGCGUGCCCGAGCCAGUUCCGGUCGGCGAACAGGCAUGCGCAGAUGCUGGCGCGUCUGCACCGCCUGAAGCCCGAGGGCGUCCCUGCGCCGUGCUGCGUGCCCGCCAGCUACGAGCCCGUGGUGCUCCUGCACCGGGACAGCGAGGGCCGCGUGUCGCUCACGCCCUACGACGACCUCGUGGCCAGCGACUGCCACUGCUUGUGAGCGGACCGAGACCUUCAUCGACGGCGUGCUCAGCGGAGGCGACCUCAGUCCUUGCCUGUCCAAUGGAAUGGGCUAGUGGGACCUGAAAUAACAAUUAUAGCCACUGCUGUCUGCGGCCUGCCGCCAAAAACAAAGUUUUUAUAAGUUGAUAUUUAUUAUUAAUUUAUUGGGGUGACUGGCCUGCGGACCAGAGAGCUGGGGAGGGCUGAUCCAGCAGGGUGUACGUUUAUUUAAACUGUGGUAAUAAAAAUGAAUUUGUGUGA